AUGUUAUGCCCAGAUCUCAUGGAAGAAUACAAAUUGAAUGUUGCGAACAAGGAUAAAUUGAAUUCUAAAAAGUGGAGGAAGGAGAAGAUGGAAUCAAAUAUUAAGAAUUCAAUCUCUCCCAGUCCUGACAUUACAAAUGUAAUUACUCACAAACAGAAAAGAAAUAACUUGAAAGCUUCAUCAAAAAUUCACAAAGGAAUUUCUACAAUUGAUAACAACAAGUCAACCGAUAAAGAGUUUACUUCAGAUGCCAGCAAGGAUAUACAUAACCCACAAGUGGAUGUAUCAAAUAGGCAGAAUGUUACAAGUAAAAGAAUAAGAACUUCUCUCGGAAGAAAUGUUCCACAAUAA